UGUCCCAAUACGUCGUCGUUGCGAGCGGCCCUACCACCAAAAUUGAUGCGGGGAUACGGGGUUUUUCCGUUUUUGCAUAAACCCUAAAUUCCUUUUUCAAGACAUUUCUAAGUGAACGUGGAAGCCCUGUCUCCGAUCAAAUGAGAGCUUGUGCAUUCGUUUCAGAGAUAUGGAAGAAGAAACAAGUAAAUUUGAGUAUAUUGAGGUGCUAUGGAGAAUCUCGCCAUCUUCAUUCCAGCUAUCGUUUCGUUCAAUUGCCGUUUAACGCGAGUCAGGUGGUAACAAGCCAAACAUCUGUGUUCCACAAUUCUCUUAUUGCUUCUUCUAUUCAACAGUGUAAAUUUUUCUCAUUUGCAUCUUCUCAAACUAAUGAAAAUGAGACUGCUCAACCUGCGAAUAAGCCAGAAGCUACUAUGGAGACAAAUAACGCUUCUCAAACAGAACAUCCUGACAAGAAAGUGGAUUCGGGUGCCACCGAUGUAUCCCAAUCUGUCAAAAAAAGGAGAAGAGGUACUAAAAGAACUAAAUUUUCUGAUUCAGAUUCAGAUUCUGAAAACAACUUAUCCAGGGACGAAUUAGUAACUCUUCUAGCAAAAAAGAAAGAACUUCUUAAGAAAAAGCACAGGGAAAUGGAGAUUAUGCAAGAGAAAUUCCUGAUGAGUUAUGCUGAAAAUAAUAAUAUUAUUGAAAGGACAAAACGGGAAGCAGAAAAUUCAAAAAAGUUCGCCAUACAGUCAUUUGCAAAGAGCUUGCUGGAUGUUGCAGAUAAUCUUGGUAGGGCUUCAAUGGUUGUUAAAGACAAAUUUACAAAAAUGGACACAAGUGAAGACCCUACUGGAGCUCUAUCACUUUUAAAAACAUUGCUUGAAGGUGUUGAGAUGACAGAAAAACAGCUAGCAGAGGUAUUCAAGAAGUUUGGAGUAGAAAAAUAUGAUCCUGUGAAUGAAGAAUUUGAUCCAAAUAGACAUAAUGCAGUUUAUCAAGUGCAGGAUCCUUCCAAGCCUCCAAAUACUGUAGCGGUUGUAAUGAAGGCGGGAUACAUGUUGCAUGAACGAAUCAUACGGCCAGCUGAAGUUGGUGUAACGGGUGGUGUGGGUAUGGACAAGAAAGAGAGGGAAAGUAGGGAUUGAGAUUGAUAACACAAACCUCCUUUUACCAAACAUUGUAUAUAAUGGUGUUUCUUUUUUAGGUUAAGUGAUAAGAAGAUGCAUUUAUCCAUUAAGAGCUCUUUUUUUUAUGUAGGCUACAUUUGAAAGAUCAUUUUCUAUUUAGCAUGUGGCAUCAUAUAUUAAAAUAUGUAUUUUAAAUUCAACAUGUGGCAAUUUUCUUUUUUUGAUGAAAUUGUAUGAGAUACUAACAUUGAUUUUCAUAAAUUUUGGUAUUAUAUUAAAAGUUUCGAAAGUUUUAGUUUU